UCAUUUCGGAAACAGCCGGAGAGAUCCUUUAGCCAUUUUCUCUCUCCUCUCUCUCUGUUUGUCACUGAAACGCGCUCUCUCUCUCUCUCUCUCUGUCUCUGUGUAAUCAAUAGGACGGAUAAUUAGCCAGAGAUCGAAGUCCUCAAAAUUUUUUUUCUGUGAUUUUGUCUCUCGGUUUUUCGUCAUUUUGGAUCCAGAUAGUUCGUCUGUAAGAAAAUCCUAGUUUUUUUUUUUUUUUUGGAGCUCUUUGAGGAAAAACCAGAAGAGGAAAACAAGAAAACCCUAGAGAUUUUUUUUUUCUUUUCUUCAUUCCCACUGGAUGCUUAUUCAGGAGCUAAAUUUUUACCGGAAUUCGACGAUAACUUCAUGAUGUAUGCGAAACAUUCGAGCUUUUUUGAGGGGUUGAUUCUGUGUAUAUAUGGUAUUUGGAGUUCAGAUUGGGAAAAAAAUUUCUAACUAGGGGAAAAAAAUUAGGUGGUUCUCGGAAGCUCGGGUGGAUUUGGGUGUAAUUUGUAGGUUGAACUGCAUCUGGAAAUGGAAUUUCAUUAUAUUAGGGUUUAGAGGUUAGUGGGUCUGACUUUUUUUAUUUUUAUUUUUUUUUUGGAUUUUUGGUGGGAUGGUGAAAUUUGUUUUGGGCUUGUGGGUACUUGGUAAUGGAAGAGCUUGUGGGUUACUGAUUUGCUUGCACUGAAUUCUCUGGGUUCAUUUACCAAAUUGCUUUUACUGGUUUAGGAACAGAAUAGUAGGGAUUCAGGCUUUUGCAAGAGGCAGGAAGAGUUUGCUUCGAUUAAGAUGCUAGUUUUUAGCUCGAGCUAUUGUUUUGAUGAAUGGUAGUUUUUUUGCCAUCGAGGGCAAGCUCGUCUUUUAUUGAAUCGUUGACGAUUAGCUUUUAAUCAAACUCUGUUUGGAAAUUUUUGCUGCCCAAGAAAAAAAUUUAAAAAAAAAAACUGUAGUUUGAUUUUUGGUUGUACUCAGAAUUCGCAGAAUGAGCUUAGAGAGUUCAACCCAGUACUCUUCGGAUCAGCCUUCUGAAAUGAACAAGGAAGCACGAAAGAAAGUAACGAAAUCGUACACCAGAGAUUUUCUAUUAUCCUUAAGCAAUUUAGAUGUAUGCAAAAAGUUACCAAGUGGGCUUGAUCGCUCAAUUUUAAGUGAACUUGAGGAUGCUUCCCAAGAGCGACCGAGAAUUUCUAGCGGUUUAUCAUUAAAUAGUUUCAGACGUAGCGAAUAUGGGUCAUCCCCACCUACUAGAGGUGAUUUACUUAGUUUUUCUCGCGGAGUCCAUGGAAGAUGGGAAAGUCGUUCUUCUGGACGGAGCGAUAAAGACAGUGACUCACAGUCUGAAUGGGAUUCAGAUUCUGGAAGGCGCAAUAGCAAUCAAUCUCGACGUUCUUGGCAGGUUCCUGAGCAUGAUGGACUUCUUGGUAGUGGUUCCUUUCCUAGACCAUCUGGGUUUGCUGCAGGAGUUUCAGCACCAAAGAUUCGACCUAAUGAGCAUUACCAGCUUAAUAGAAGCAAUGGACCAUAUCAUCCUCCUCGCCCAUAUAAGGCAGUACCUCACUCACGAAGGGAGACUAAUGACUCCUAUAAUGAUGAAACAUUUGGUUCUUCUGAGUGUACAAGUGAAGAUAGAGCAGAAGAGGAAAGAAAGAGAAGAGCUUCUUUUGAAUUGAUGAGGAAGGAACAGCAUAAAUCAUUUCAAGAAAAGAAGAAGUUAGGUCUAGACAAAAGUGGCAGUGAUUUUGACAUUACUACAUUGAUGGAUGGUUCCAAAGAUGAGGAGAAACUUUUGAACAGAAGCAACAAAUCUAAUGAUUCUGUUAUACCAUCUGCUUCAGAUAAUGAUUCCAAAAGUUCCUCAGUCCCCCCACAAACUCUUGCUUCUAGACCACUUGUACCCCCUGGUUUUACCAGCACAGUUUUGGAUAGAAAUGUUGGAGCAAAAUCUGUAAAUCAUCCUGAUGCAACAGAGGUUAGGAAUCUUGAAAUUGAGGAUAACUUCUUGCAUGCCCAAAGCAACCUUGUUUCAAGUGGGAAUUCUAAUAACCAAGUGGAGAAACAAUUAGCUCAACAACUGAGUUUGAGCAAGCAGCAACAUGAAGAUACAAGUAGCUAUGCUUCAACUAUUAACAAGAAUGAGAGGGUUCUAGAUACAACAAUGGACAUCGAUGGCAAGUUGUACAAGAAAAGUAAUCUGUCACAGGCCUUUGAAGCCUCAAACAAUAGUGAAACUAUGGAGCUCAAUGUUGAGAAGGUGAUGGGGGAUUCAUUAUUGGGUGAGUCUAAUCCAGAUCAUUCUACUUCGAUCUUGGACAAGCUUUUUGGCAGUGCUUUAACAUUGAAAAAUGGUGGCUCUUCUAAUCUCCUUGAGGAUCAAGAUGCUAAAGCAGAUGAGACACAUAGUCCUCAGACUGUUCAUUCUUCCAAGUUUGCUUAUUUGUUUCUUGAAGAAGAAAAGAAACACAGCAAUGAUCAUUCAUCUGGCAGGUCUAAUGACUUGCUUUCAUUGAUUGGUGGUGGUGAAAAAGGUGGAUCCCUAGUUUCUGGAAGUAAAAAUGAGAAAAUUUCACCUAAUCUUCCCUUUCAAACCUCUGAACCUGUUGACCAAGUAAUGACGUCUAAUAUGAUGUCUACUACCAUAGAUACAUCUGAGCAGUUGAACAAAACCAAUAAAGGCGAGACGGUUUCUGCAGUGCUUACAUGCGAAGACCUUGAACAGUCAAUUCUUUUGGGAAUUGAUGCAAAUGGUUCAAGCUCGCAGCCACCUGUUCAAAGCUGGUCUGAUCCUGAUGGAAAGACUGAGCAGCGAACAGCUAAUAUUGAUAAUCAUGCUUCCCAGCACCUCCUUUCCUUAUUGCAGAAGGGAACAAGCUUGAAUGAUAAGGAAUCAUCAACCAAUCUAGGCACAUCUGCGGACAGUCUACAUGCUACUGAAGGAGUUAAUACUAGUGCUGCAUUUCAAAAUUUAAGAGAGGCUAAUAGUGAAAAUGUUUCUAAUUCAUCAAAUACUCUGACACUUGAAACACUUUUUGGCACUGCAUUUAUGCAGGAAUUGCAAUCUGUUGGUGCUCCAGUUUCUGUCCAAAGGGCUCCGGCCGGGGCUGCAAGAGUUGAUGUAUCUGAGCCUCAUGGACUGCCUUUCCCUGUGAAAGAUGAAAGUCUUGUUCCUUCUACCAAUGAAAUUGGAUUUAGCACCGCUAUUCAUGGUGGCAAUGUUUUAAUUGCAAAUAAAAGGAAGCAAACCAAAGGAGACAGGACCGAUGAGCAAUGGUUAGCUUUUGAUGAUCCACAAGCUAGACUAAAUAAUACAUCACAGAUUCAAAUCAACUUAGGAUCUAAAGUUGGAGGUUUUGAUGUGCCUGCUGAUAUUCCACUUCCUGAGGAGGAUAGUUUGAUUACAGCCACUAAUCCUCCGAACCAUCAAAAUUUUAUGCCCUCUGGGAGUUUUGUUAAAACAGAGCUGCCAUCCUCCUCAAACCCACAAGUUGACAUUGCUGAAAAGUUAGCAGCUUUCAAUUCUGCUUUUAAAGAUGAAAGAUCUGCAAGGGGAGGUCAAGAACCACCUUUCUUUCGUGGUCCUUAUGAUAAGAGAGAGUCAGAUAUUCCUUAUCAGAAUCUUAAUGUCCAACCGUCUUCUGCACAGCUCCAUCAUCCUCGAUUGAAUAAUAUGGGGCCUUUGUUCCAUCCAAUGGAUUCUCAUCCUGUUAAUAUGAAUUCCCAGAUGAAGUUUUUGGCUUCAGAAGCUAACAUCCAUCAUGAUCCUCCAAAUCAUCAAAUUCCUGCUGAUAUGCUACGUCCUCCUUUCCAUCAUCCCAGCACAGGGCUACCUGGGUUUGAUCAACCCAUUCAUCAUCCUAUGUUGCAGCAAAUACACAUGCAAGGUAAUUUUCCACCACCUCACAUGCUGCAAGGAUUGUCCAGGGGUCCACCACUGCCUUCACAUCCGAGCCGUGGUGCACAUCUGCCUGCUCAUCCCAACAGUCAGGUUACUGGUUUUGUACAAGAUCUGAACCCAAUGCCAAAUGUUCCUUUUGGUCACCGACAGCCAAACUUUGGUAGUCUUGGAAUGCCUCCACCAGCUCACGAUGUUGGUGGUGGAAGCAGUCAUCCAGAGGCAUUCCAAAGGCUUCUUGAGAUGGAACUCAGGGCAAACCCAAAACAGAUUCACCCUUUUGCUCCUGGUGGCCAUAGUCAGGGGAUGUUUGGACAUGAGCUCGAUAUGGGUUUUGGGUAUAGAUAAAGGGGAUUAUGAUUUAGUGUAUAUGGCAGUGUAUUAAUGGUCUCUCUUCAAAUCUGUAACUCCUUGCUUGGGAAAUGCUCUUUUCCUUUUUUUUUUUUUUUUUUUCGGUUGUUUUUGGUUGGUUGAGGAAUGGGUUUAAUGCCGUUUAUUUCAAAUGGGGUCGGAUGGGGCUUGUGUAAUUAACGGAUUUUUCUUGCUAUUGGCGCUUUUCUUGGAUCUAUUAUUAACUUUUUCUUUUUCUUAUUCCCCAAAAAAAAAAAAAAAAAAGCAGCAGCUUGGUUGACUAGCUGUAGGUGUAGAGAAAGUUUGUUUGAAAAUCUAUUAAGGUGGUUGAAAAAUUGCAUUCUGUAUCCUUUGGAGUUGGUGGUGUAUCAAGGCAUGAAAGUUAAUAUAUGAAAUAAAAUUCAGAAAUUAAGUUCA